AUGUUUCGAAAAGUUAUCUUAUUUUUCCUCUUAUGCCAGGAAAAUAAUGUUUUGUGUAUUAUCCCAUUAUCUUCAUAUGUAACAACUGGAAUACAACAUUAUCUACAACCGUUCAUCUCUGGUGAUGAUCAACAUAUUCCAUUGUAUACAGGCUGUAAACCCGUUAAUUCAGAAUUCAACAUCACCGAUCUCAAUUGUGAUUUGGCGGUACCAAACAAAAUUUACCUACCAGACUCACUUAAAUCUGCAGGUGAAAAUCAAUUGCAAUCGAUUUUGAAACACUAUGAAUCGAUGAAUAUUACCUUGAUUGAAUUAUGGCCCACUCUUGGCGCAUUUGGUUUUUAUACAUGGGUUUACGCUAGAAUAUUUCAUAAUGACACUCACUGGAUUUGGUUGAAUUCCUCGUCAAUAACAUUUUCAUCUACAGUGGAUUCUCCACUAAAUGAAUCUGAAUAUCCCGAGCCCUAUCUACCUCAAUUAUUACUAACAUCAAAUGCCGAUGACCAUUUUGCAAUAUUCGCUGAUGUACUGUCGUUGCCAUCAUUAUAUAUGAAAAACGCAUUUGGUGAUUGCUUGUGGACAUCUGCGAAUUAUACAAGUGCUCUGAAUCAACCCCAAAUAACAAAACUUUAUUCGGGAUGGUUACCACUGGAAAAAAUGAAUGAAAUUGACCAGGACCUAAAUCACAACAUAUGUGUUGUCUUGCCACAACCGUUCCAUGUCAAUGGAAAACCAUACUCAUUAUUUAUUAAUAUUAAACAAGACAAUAGUUUUCAGUGGCCAUCUAAUAUUUCUUGGUAUACUAUUCCAUCACCAUCAUCAAAUGAUAUACUCAAAACAAAGCCAGUUUCUGAUGUUUGGUACAAUGAUCUUCAAUGGCCAACAACAUUUGCAGACGAGUGGAAAUCAAACAUGUAUCGAUUGACUGGCAUGCAACCACUCCAGUACGAAAAUAAAACAGAAAUAUAUUUAACACGCAAAUCUUCUAUACAAACCGAUAAUCAAUUAAUGCAUUUGAUUGAUUAUCUCAUUGAACAAUACAACAAACUAAAUAUUCAAACAGAAAAACAGAUAUUCUACUGGCGAAAUAUUACUCAAGCAAAUCUUAUUGUUUAUAUACCCGCUAGAGGAUCAUAUAGGUGUCAUGAACCUGUAGUAUUUAUUGAUCAUAUCGAUACUGCAUUUGAGGCAGAUACAUUUGAUGAUACUGGUGAACGUCGGUCAACACCCGGUGCUGAUGACAAUGUUAGUGGCUUGAUUGCUUUACUUCAAUCAGCUGCAAUAUUGCAAAAGACUCAAGAAAAUGCAUGUCGUGACAUAUGGUUAGUUCAUGUGACGGGUGAAGAAUAUCCUGCAGCUAGCUUAGGCAUCUCCCAUUUUCUUCAACAGUUAUUCAUAAAAAAGCAACCAAUUUACACCGCCGUUAUUGUUGAUAUGAUUGGUCAUCGUGUCAAUCGAAGUGAUCCCAUUGUGCAAGUCAACGCAGGAGACACAACAAAAUCGUUACUCAUGGCUGAAUUAGCUAUCAGCUAUGUUUAUCCACGAAUAAAAAACGAUUUAAUUUUACAAAAUCUACGGCCAGUUCUGCGUCGAUGGAGUGAUCCAUUAGCAUAUUUGUACAAUACCGAUGGAGUCAGAUUUGUUGAAUAUGGUUUCAAUUGUUUGUUAUUUAAUGAACAUAUCAAUUAUCAUGAAAAUUUUGAACGAGACGGAUAUCAUGAUACUUUUGAUACAGUGGAUUUAAUUGAUUUUGAAUACGGACAAACAGUUUCGCAAUAUGCAAUUGCUACAGUAGCAAUGUUAUCUCAUGCAGAAUGUCGUUCGAACUCUUGUUGGAAAGAAGCAAAUCUAGUACUCAUCGCUGGACUAAGUUUAUUCUUGUCCAUACUAUAUGCAACGUGA